CUCAAUGCGCGCGCACACACACAGUCAUAUAUAUAUAUAUAUAUAUAUAAUACCAUUUUACAAGAGGCUCAAAUUCACGCGUUUCGUUGUGAAAGCUCGACAGAAUCCUGGAGUUUAGAAAUCUAGAAAUAUCUGAGAAUAGAGAUCUGAUCUCCAGUCAGUAAAAUGGGGGAGCAGCCCAUCUUCACCACCAGAGCUCAUGUCUUCCAGAUCGACCCCACCACCAAGAAGAACUGGGUUCCGGCCAGCAAACAGGCCGUUACAGUAUCCUAUUUCAAUGACAGCACACGCAACAGCUUUCGCAUCAUCAGUGUGGACGGGUCAAAGGUCAUCAUCAACAGCACAAUCACUCCCAACAUGAACUUUACUAAAACAUCGCAGAAGUUUGGUCAGUGGGCUGACAGUCGGGCAAACACGGUUUUUGGACUUGGCUUUGCCUCUGAACAGCAUCUGUCCAAGUUUGCUGAGAAGUUCCAGGAAGUGAAAGAGGCGGCAAAACUGGCCAGAGAGAAAUCUCAGGAGAAUAUGGAGACGUCCAGUAACCAGUCACAGGAAUCUGGGCGUGAAACUCCAGUAGCCAAUCUGGUGUCCAGCCUUAAUGGAACCGACGAUGAGAAGAUUUUCCAUGAUGACCCAGAGACUCCAGUACAGAAGAGUGAGAACGACCUCCUGAAAUCUGUUGUGGAUCAGAGGAUACACGUUGACAGCAGAAAGCUGGAAACGGAGCUGAAGACGCUGAAGGAGAGCAACGCUCGUCUGGUGGACGCACUUCAGGAAGCAAACAGCAACACAGACGGUUGGAAGAGUCAAGUGAGCAAAUGUCAGGAGGAGAACACUGAGCUGAGGAAGCGAGUCUCAGAGCUGGAGGUUCGGUGUCAGGAGGUCAAUGUGGAGAGAGAGAGAAAUGCUCAACUUACCGUCAGGAUUCAUGAACUGGAGGCGAAUCUACAAGACAAACAGCAGGAACUAGAGAACCUUCGCAAACAGGCAGAAAUUAUUCCCCAGCUCAUGGCCGAGUGUGAGAGCCUUACAGCCAAACUACAGGCGGCAGAAGUGACCAACAGAGACAUGAGUGAGAACAUGAAGCUUCUACAGGCUGAAAUCGACACCAACCAGCAGAAAGAGAGAACCAUGAAGAUGGAACUGAAAAAGUUCAUGGAUGUUCUGGAUGGAAAGAUUGAUGAGUUACAUGAAGUUCGCCAGGGGAUGUCGAAACUGGGCAUUAAUAACUAAACACACACACACACACACACAUUCUCUGUUGGCUCUGUGCAUGUUUGUCAUGUAUGACUAUUGAUGGUCUGAGUCACACACAAACACACACGGGUGUAUUCUGGUACUGUUGGACUGAAGGGAGAUCUCAGGGCUUCAUGCGGUGUGGAAUUGUUUGAUAUGCACACGCAUGCAUGAACUGCAAAAUCACAAAGUGCCUGACGGUGGCGCUCUCUGGAGUGUUCGCCAGCCCACUGAUGAUAAUAGCUCAUGGGGUUUGUUUGAAGGAAAAAAAAUGUCCCGUUUUACAUGAGGCUGAACAGCCGAUUCUGCAAUAUUGGCCUCAGGCAACAGGACACCGCUGUGUGUUUGUUUUUGCAUAAAGAAAAUUCUUUCUUAUUCUGGUGAAAUGAUGAUAAUAUGAGCCAAAUCUGCUACAAUGUUAAAGAAAUGUUGCUUGUAUGAUGCAGGUUGUUUGUCAUGUGCCCCCCCACUUCUGCUGAUCCUGUGUGUGUGUGUGUGUGAUGUCAGUUGGGUGAUGGGAUAAUUUGUAUGUGUGCUUUUUUUAGAAUAAUCUCUACCUUUCCUGAGUCUUUGAUGGAAGGUUAGAGUCUCUCGGCUCUGCGGGUUUGUUUCUUUAAGCUUCACAUUGUGGCUGGUGUAUUAACAUGUGUAUUGCUGUCACACACACAUACACACACUUGUACUGAAAACUUUAAAGACACUUGACACUUUCCCUCUCUCUGAAUCAAACUUUUGUUGAUCAAAAUUCUAAAAUGAAUAAUUGUUGAAAUAUAGUUUCUAAAGGAA